AGCAGACGGCACUGCGUUCGGAAGCGAAGAGGGCCGUCUCUGGGUGCGCGUUUUUCUUUUUGUGAUUGUUGUGGUGGUGACGGUGGUGUGAGUGCGUGUGAGUGCGUGUGUGUCUACCCCGCCAGAAACGACGCGAGAGAAAGAAAAACAAAAAAACGCGAAAAACACAACCAAAAACGGUGCAAAAAACGGGCCAGAGCAACGCCGCCACCACGGAGACAUUGGAGCGCAGGUGACUACGUGACUCCGGUGGAGGAUCAGUGAAGGUGGGCGCGGAAUUUUCGGGGUUCCGUGCGUGCACAGGUGCCACCGGCAGCCAUGUCGGAUAAGAAGGGCUCGUACGAAAUGAACAACUUCAAGGGAGGCGGGGACGGUGAAGAUCCCGCCGGUGAGGUGUCCACAGAGCCAGCGUUGCCCGACCGCGGUCAGUGGGUCGGGAAGUUGGACUUUCUCAUGUCCUGCGUGGGUUACGCCAUCGGACUGGGAAACGUGUGGAGGUUUCCAUACCUCUGCUACAAGAACGGGGGCGGCGCGUUCCUGGUACCCUAUCUGCUCACGCUGUUCCUGGCGGGCAUCCCCACCUUCUUCCUCGAGACGUCCCUAGGACAGUACCUCAGCAUCGGGGGCCUCGGGGUCUGGAAGAUAUGCCCCAUCUUCAAAGGUGUGGGCUACGCGGCUGCGGUGAUGUCCUUCUGGCUCAACUCGUACUACAUCGUGGUGCUGGCCUGGUCGCUGUACUACAUCUACUCGGCCCUGUCCUCGGACGUGCCCUGGCGCACCUGCGACAACUGGUGGAACUCGCCCAACUGCAAGUCCGAAUACGAGUCGUACAACUGCACCCCGACACUGCAGCACCACUGCCCCGACCCGCUGAUGCAGCGCAGUCCCGUCAAGGAAUACUGGGAGGGCAACGUCCUCCAGAUCACGGGCGGGCUGAACGAGCCGGGCGACCUGCGGUUACCGCUGGCCAUCACGCUGUUCAUCGCCUGGGUUCUCUGCUACUUCUGCAUCUGGAAAGGGGUCAAGUGGACGGGCAAGGUGGUCUACUUCACGGCCCUCUUCCCUUACGUGCUGCUCUUCGUCCUCCUCAUCCGGGGACUCACGCUGCCGGGCGCCUUCGAAGGCAUCAAGUUCUACGUCCUGCCGGACAUGAAGCGCCUCUCGGACUCCGUGGUGUGGAUUGACGCCGCCACACAAAUAUUUUUCUCGUAUGGCUUGGGCCUGGGCUCCCUCAUAGCCCUGGGCAGCUACAACAAGUACCACAACAACGUCUACAAGGACGCCCUGAUCGUGUCGUGCAUCAACAGCGGCACGUCCAUGUUUGCCGGCUUCGUGAUCUUCUCCGUCAUCGGCUUCAUGGCCCACUCCCAAGGGAAGAACAUCGCCGACGUCGCCGCCUCAGGUCCAGGUCUGGCGUUCCUGGCGUAUCCAUCGGCCGUCCUCCAACUUCCCAUCUCACCGCUCUGGGCGGUGCUCUUUUUCCUCAUGAUCGUCAUGCUCGGACUCGACAGUCAGUUCUGCACACUCGAGGGCUUCAUCACGGCUGUGGUGGACGAGUGGCCGCGCCAGCUGAGACCUCGAAAAGAGAUCUUCAUCGCCGUCGUCUGCUUCGUCUCCUACCUCAUCGGACUGAGUUUCGUCACUCAGGGCGGUAUGUACGUCUUCCAGCUCUUCGAAUAUUACGCCGCCAGCGGGUUUGCUCUCCUCUUCCUCAUAUUCUUCGAGGUCGUCUCCAUAUCCUGGUCAUACGGUGCGGCGCGCUACUACCAGAACCUGGAGGACAUGAUCGGCUACCGCCCCUGCAUCUGGUGGAAGAUCUGCUGGGUCUUCCUCACGCCCUGCGUCUGCUUCGGGGUCUUCGUGUUCAGCCUUGUGCAGUACCGACCCCUGACGUACAUCGACUACGUGUACCCCUGGUGGGGUCAGCUGGUCGGAUGGUUCCUGGCGCUCUCCACCAUGCUCUGCAUCCCUGGAUACGCGAUCUACAAGUUCAUCGUCACCCCCGGGGAUCUACGCACGCGGUGCAAGGAGCUGUUCCGGCCAGACAUCGACAUCAGCGCCGAGAUCCGGGCACGGAAGCACCGGGAAAGCGGCACGGCGGCCACGGCCGUCUAAGGAACGUCCCUUGACCGCUUGCACGCGGCCCUUGCCUCCGAGGGAACGGGGGCUACGAGUCUUUGUAUAUUCGCCGAACCAUCUCCCGCCAAGGGAUCUCCGGAGGACGACGAUGACGUCACGCUGGGCAGCCUAUCUUGCGCGCAUGCGCGCCACACCAAAAACCAAGAUGGCCGCUAGUUGAGUAUUGCUUCGUCAUCGUCCCAGUGUCCUUUGACUCGUCCUGCUGGUGAAAGGCCCUCGGCGUUAAUCCCGAACCUCCCGUGCGUCGAACGCCAAUGGCGGUCGUUGCAUCGUAUAGCUUUUUUUCUUAUUUUUUUUUUUAGAGCAAUGUAAUAUGCUUCUACGCUCGAAACAAAAGUGUGUGAGUUGACUUUCCUGCACUACACGGAGGCGGCCAUUCACGGCGAGCAAUAGACGAAUCCCAGAGAAUCACGACGCUAAAAAUAUGAUUAGUCACAAAAAAAAAAAAAAAAAAUUCUGAUUUUCCUUGCACGCAUUGGAGUUUUCCAAUCUCAUAGUAUACCGAGCUUAUCAUUCGCCGAGAUCGUUCUGCCGUUCGCCGUGAUUGGACGUCUCUGUGUUCUGCAGGAAAGCGAACUAACAGACCUUUCUUAGAGCGUGCGCCUAGUCGAGACAGGUGUUGCGUGUGUCCCUGUGGCCUGUUGGCUGGCUGUGUUUUGUGAAUAUCGGUUCUGAAUCGUAAUUAUUGUUUUCAUUUUUUUCAGUAUAGGCAAUGAUGUAUUUUGUUUUCUGUAUUAUCGCUUUUCGGUUCAUACUUUCGAAUGCUAUACUGUAUUAUCCAAAGAGUGCACAAGUUAUUUUCGCGGCCUAAAAAUCUCAUAAAACACAUACUUUUUUUGUUUGUCAUGUGGGUUGUUUGAGAAGGGCCCUGGACGUCCUCAGAAACCAAAACUUACAGCGAAGAAGCACUUCCCACCCGGUACGUUCUUAAAAGAAAAAAAAAAAAAACAUUUAGGUGAACUGCCCAUUGUUGAACUCAAAAUUGAUGACUUUGUGGUUUUCUCAUCCGUUCCAUGUAGAACCGUGAACACGCCAUUAUAUCUAGCCUUUCAUGCAUUGUUUGUCCUCCAUCACGCAACCUCGGUUGAUAACUAUGCGAGGUAUACUAUAGGGAGGUUGUCAUUUUCCCUGUCACCUGGAUCUCUAAGAUUCACUUUUUAUUCACUUUCUCUACAUCUCACGCACAACUACUAAGUAUCAAAGUUCACCUAAAUAUAACUUAAGCGUUUUUUUUUUUUCUGAACUUUACAUAAUAACAGCAUAAAACGCCAUUUCUUUUUCGUCGAUAUUUUUUUUUUAUUAUCACGGCUUCAACUGGAUUACAACUCCAUUUAAUUCUGUAAUCGAACUCUGUAAUCAAGCGACUUACUACAGCCUAACCCAGUCACACAAUCUAAAGUGAUAUGUGUGAGUUUCACGAGCACAAUCCCGCACAUGUGUUUUCUACAGGAGCUCGCUUGUUGUGUAGCGUUUUCUCUUAGAUUUGCGUGUAUCACAACUACAAUGAAUAUAGUGAGAUAUCUGGUGUUACUGCAAGGUGCAAAAGUUAAUAUAUAUAUAUAUAUAUAACACUUUCCAGACCCUAUGCGUAAUUGACUGUUCUAUAGAGGACGAUCUUUUACAAGAAAGACAGAUACACCAAAACAAUAUCUUAGUGUCUACCAAUAGCCUUUUCUAUGGUCGGUAUUGCUGUAAAGUCUAUGAUAUCCGAUGAAGCUGUCUCGUAGAACUGUCCACGUUAGCCGCGAAAGGAAAAUGAGGGCAUUAAGACAUAUCUAUUUUAACUAAAUAUCUUUUAAAAAUAAAAGAUUGUACUAGAAGAAGAAAAAAAAAAAAACAAGAUGGCCUGUUCACUUUAAACUUUUAAAAACUCGACUGCCUUGUUUAGUUAUAGGCAUAGACAAAAAAAUAUGCCUAUAUAGAUCAAAGUCUCAGCCACACCAAUGUAAAUUUUUUAUACCCAAGUUUUCAUCGCGUCACAGUAGGUAGUACGAAAACUGAGAAAGAUUUUAUGGGUAAAAUUUAGCAAUGCCAGCAUAUAUUUUUUUUUAACUUUGACUAGCACACAAUGCGUCAUCUUGCAAGUUAGCGAUAAAUACCUCAACCUUACAUUCAGAGCACUUCACUUUUCAGAAGCAGCCUCCUAGAUGAAACGAUUGCACGUGAUUUAGAUGAGAAUAAACGUAAUGCAUCACAUUCAUUUCGACCAAUAAUUCCAGCUCUUGUCAGAAUACAGCCACGUUCUAUCAUGAUCAUUUAUCGCGGUAGUUUGUUUUAUUUGUUUGCAUUUGAUUUAGCCACUCUUUUAUUUUAAUUCAGGCUUUCUAAUCACCAAUCACAAAAAGAGCGGCUAUAAAUAAACCCCCAAAAAAAGUAUUGUUGUCGAUUUUCUUUAAUCGACAGAAACCCAAACAGAAGUAAACAUAUUGUACGAAUAUCAGUUAUCAAAGUUGUUGCUCUCAGAAGGACAUUACGCGGUACACGCAAUGAAUAUUUGUAAAUGCUUUAAACUACAGUCCAAUUUUCACGCGUGUCAUCGCGUAACCUUCACACGCCCCACUUGACAGCGCGGGAGCACAUUCUCUGUUCGCAUGUGUCGCACAUCAUAUAAAACACACAGUCACAACGUCUUCCAUGUUCUAGAGGUCGCACCGGAUCUGCCCCGUUGGCAACGCGGCUGACACAUGACCGCUCUUCUUUUGUCCCAGGGUACAUCCAGGAAGGACUGUUCGUUCACCCUUACCCGUACCGGACUUUGCCGGCUUUUGCGUGGACGUCUCUUUUCAUAUCAACCAGAAACCAAUAUAUCUGCUCUCCGGUGCAGCCUUUUUGUAGAAACAUCGAUAAGCCACUUUUAACUUACCUUUCUUUAGAAGAGUAGCGACAAUGAUAAGUGCAUUGUAUACACACGUUCGUACCGGUCAGGCAAGUUGCCGGCUAUGUAUACCGUCUUCCAGACUCUUCAUUGGAUCCGUAAAGUGCGACCCAAACGUCUUCCGAAAAAUGUCUUCCAAGCGAGCGAGUGAAAAAAAAAAAGGCUUGAUUUCUUUGGUCUAAGCAUAGACCAAAGAUGGCUACGUUUUAACGAAUAAACGACGCACGGAAUCUGGAAAAUGUAGAAGCGUUUAGCAGACACUAAUCCGAACGUUCGAGACAACACCAAACAGAGCUUGUCCGUUGGCAACGCUAAUUGUGCAGGCUGGGAACGUGUAGGCUGUGAGUCUCAUCGAGUGGCAAAGACGUGUUUCACACGUUUCGCGAAGUCACUCACCACUUGACAAAAUCAGGCAACACAAGUUCGUCCAAUAUUUAAGACAUGUUUUCAGCAUGAUAGCAAGAAAGCAGAGGUCCGCUGCGUUGGAACUGGCACAAUUCAUGUAAAAAAACGGAACCGUCGAAUAUUAUCUGAAGAAAAAUACCAAAGUAAGUGCCAAUAUUACCUUAGAAGAAAAAACGUGAGCAAGCUGCAAACGAAAGUGAAGAGACUUCUCUGACUCGACCAGAUAUUUUUGAAGGGGAAUUGAUGCCACGAGACAGCCACGACUAGCGAGUUCUCGUCUUACAUGCUUCCAUAUUUUUAAGAAUCCACGUCUUCCACGAGGACCUUCCAUGGAACUUCGAAACAAGCGGAAGGAAAUCAAAGUUUUUGGAGAAAAAAAAAAAUAUCCUAAAUUAUCUCGAUGUUCUUCCACGUCGAUGUCUGGAAACCUUGCCACGUCAUCUCUCGACAACCCUCCACUUUCUAUUCUGUUCCAUCUGAGCAUGUCCUUGUAAUGUUGUCGCUGCUUCCUUACUACGACGUUCCAAGUGAACAAUGUUGUACUAGAGUGUGCAAGAAGUGGGGAGUAUUAUAACCAAGUAAAAAAAAAAAUUCCCGCUGAGACGCUUGCGCUUGCGAAACAAACAAACAAACAAAAAACAAGUGUCGUCAUUGUUACAGAUUUGAACGCAGCGCUCUUUUUAUCAUUACUGUUCAUUGCGCGAUUUGGAGCAUCAAGCUCUUCCAAACCCCAACCUCAAAACCGGCUUUGCGCAAUAAUAACCUGUCGCGCACUCGUUGAACGUGAAGAUGGAUGGCUGGAUUCAUACGACUAAACCCUUUCAAAUGGAGCGGCGGCUCGCGCCACCUAGCCAUAGAAAGCGUAACUAAGUAGAACCCUCAAGCGUGCCAGUGUACGCUGACUUUUGCGAUGUUGCGAGCAGGCACCAAAAAUGGCGUGGCUGUCGUGUUUUAUUUUUAUGUAUAUGUUACGCGUUUACACCGAGCGCGUCAGGGAACUAGCGCUGUACACGACACUUUUCCUGCUUUAGCGUCUACCCAAACCGUGCUCUCUGAAACCGGUGCCAGGUUACCAUCGUACGCGUGGACUCGUCGGGUCCACGGGGCGAUGGUAGUGGGCCGCCAGAGCUCGAGCACUAUACUUGAUCUGAACCGUAUACAACAUUCAGACAGGCGGCCGGCGCUCUGUGGUUCAGUGUGACGCUCGAAGUUUCGGUUAGGCUUAAAAAAAGAUAUGACGCUUUGGCGCGUUUCUUGGAAGCCCCAGCGUAUAUAACCUCGAUUUUCUGCGAGGCAGAAAAUCGAUGUUUCAUUCUUUACCAAAAGUGCGAGGGUAUAUUGUACGCGUUCGCAAGUAGGGCCACUGACAAUACCGCCUCGAAGACAAGGCCUGUGCGUGACGUCAUCGUUCAUGGAUCCUCGACCCCCCUAAGCGGCAACAUGUCGAAGAUCGACGAGGUACACGCCGCCAAGUGAAAGACGCGUGCGUCUUGGCGUCACUAGGUGGCGCUGUGUGGAUCCACCAGGGAUGACGCAGCGGAAAAAAAAGCCCCAGCCUUGUCUUUCAGCCGGUAUUGCAAAGAGACGAGAACCGGAAAGGGUCUCACACUCUCGGAUAAAAUCCCUCACGAAAUGCUACAGUCCCGUUCGAAAACUUGUUAAACGUAUUUUACAUGUAUUUUCGUGCUACCAAUGUGCCGUCUUGAUGUUUGUUCGCGCGGUAUAAAAAUACUGGUGUUGUGUGAAGCUCCUUAUGUCCGAGGUUUGGUUUUUAUUGUUAUUUUUUUUUUCUUAUUAUUGUGAUUUUAUUUCGUCCGGACCACUGGUUAUGCUUGGGUAUAUGUCGGCGACAUAUUUAGUGCACUGUAUCGUUAUUUUUUGCUUGUAUUAUAAAAGCUUCAGAUCUAGUUACUGUGAGUUCGUUAAAAGUGCUCAUGUGCUUUGAAUCGUACGUUUGAAUACAUUAAGUUCUCUUCGCUGUGUAUCCCAUUACAUCAGGUAGGUUGUAAUAAAAAAAAAAAGUAAUAACUCCCAGCAUGCGAAGGGAUCUGCUGGUUUCGGAAGUGUAAUAAUAAACUAUAUCUACGAAAUAAAAAAAAAACUGUGCAACUGUUCCUCAAAUUAUUCAAAUCCGAUUCUUUGCAAGCCAUAGCAGAUCGAAAUAUAUGUACUAUCCAAGCGACUCGAAACAACUUUGAAAGCAUAACUUACUUGCCAAAACUAUUUAUUUUCUUGCAGUUCUAUAACGAAUAACCAUUUGGUAUAUAUUAAAAUAUUUGAUAAAAUUGGGGUUUUGAUUUGUUUUCUUUUUUUACUUUGUGACUGAAUUGUGUUUUAGUAUCGUCAAUUUCCAUAGUUCAAGCAAUAUGUCCUUGAGUGUGAAAUUUUCGCGGUCCAAGUCUGUUUGUAUUAUGUGUAAACUGAUCUAGUGACGUCAUCUUGCCCUAGUAUAAUAAAGAUCGUUAACUCAUUACUGCGAGUC